GCGGAUGACAAGCGAAGCGGCGCAGCACCUUGGUGAAGUGGUUGUUAAGCCCUUCGGAGUCCUCUCGAGCGUCUCCGUUAGGCGACUGUAUCGUCAGCGAAGCUGUCAUUAAACGUCCUCCCGGAAGCGCGAUGACUGCUGGAGCGACUUGGAUGAAAGGAUGUUUCCUCGUGGUCCUGUGCUGUGCGGUUUCUGCCGCUGCCAUGGCCGAAUCGCCCGCUGAAAAGGCGCGAAAUGCUGCGGACGGACUCGAUGGCCACGCGGCUGCGAACGCCACGGAGCCGGCAAACGCGACCUGGUGCGUAGGCCACGAGCCCUCCUUCUCCGUGAACAGCUCGUCGAACGCCGUGAUCGUCGCUCCGGACGAGCCCCAACGCGAGGGCCAGUGGACGUGCGUGUGCGCCAUCAACGCUCUCCUGGCGCAUCACAUGAAGGAGAUCGCGUGCUCGAGGGAAGGCGCCGUCCGGCUGCCGCCCCUCUGCCGCAGCGCCGGCGGCGGCACCGGCAGCAUCUACAUCGGAGGCCUCACGGCGGAGACCAAUUACACGGUCUGCGUGCGCUACCUCUGCGCGGGAGAGAACGCCAGCGCUGUCGCCUGCCAGCCUACUACAACCGAACCCAUACCGAAGAGCGAGCCAGCGCCGCCACCCCCGUUUGGAGUGAUCGUCAAAGCCACCGCCACCAGCACCGCGGCCAACGUGACGUGGAGCACGGACGAAGCGGCUCACGGGUUCACCGUGACGCUCUGGAAGCUGGUCACGCACCGCACGCUCGAGCACGUGCCCGUCGAGUCGGUCAGGACCAACGAGACGCACUGUGAAUUCCACUCGCUCGAGCCGUACACCAUCUACAGGGCCGAAGUGAGCACUGUGGCACCCAACGUAGGGAUCAUCGCUAACGCCACCGUCUUCAGGACGCAGCCUGGAGCGCCCACUGCUCCGCGGUACCUGCAGCUGACGGGCGUAUCCAGCACGGCGAUAAGUCUGCACUGGUCCGCGCCGCAGGAAUUGCGCGGCCCCCUGUUCGGCUACACGGUCUUCUACGGACCGGCACGCGAGCAUCAGAAGCGCAGCUCCCUCGAGACGCAGAACACUUCGGUGACGGUGACGCACCUAACUCCGGACACUUUCUUCGAAGUCUACGUCAAGGCGUUUAACAAACUGCACGACGGCACAGAGGUGGCCAGCGUCCCUGCUCGCAUCGAAGUCAAGACGAGCAUCGGCGCCCCUUCCAAAGUCCAGAACUUGCGUGUGGUUAGCCGCUCCAAGAACACCGUGGUGGUGAGCUGGAGCGCGCCGCUCAAGUCCAACGGACCCCUUGACGGCUACGUCGUGCACUGGUGCAACCAGAGCAGCAGCGGAGGCCACGACGACGCGAGCUACGCCGCCUGGAUGGCGAAGCUGACCAACAACUCCGAGUGCCACACGCUCAAGUCUGCGAGGGAGACGCGUGCCACCGUCGGCCCGCUCAUCCCGGAGUCGACGUACGUGGUCGCCGUGAGCGCCUACAACCUGCAGGCCGACCGCCACCAGUGGAUCGAGAGCAGUCCCGAGACCGUCACCGUCGAGACCCUGCCGGAAGCGCCGCCCGCGCUUCGAGCCCUGGACGUGCGCAUGGUGAGCGCGGACUCGGUGGAGGCCAACUGGGAGUCCCCGGCGCCCGGCAUUGUGGGCUACGUGGUCGCCUGGUGCCAGAACCAGCGCUGCUCCGAGAAGACUGUCACGGUCACGCGCCUCAUCAUCCAUAACCUGCACGCUGACAGCGACUACAACGUCAGCGUGGUGCCCUUCCGAAUGGACAGCCAGAACACCAAGGUUCUUGGCCCACUCACCACCAAGCUAGUGACCGUCACCGACAACAUCGAUGCUGUUAUGGCCGAUAGCUACCUCAUAGGGGCCAUCGUGUGCUCGGUAAUCAUCACCGCUCUAGGAUUUACGGUCUUCGUCGUCUGCCGCAAGAAGAGAGGAACGGGUCCCCAGCUUUACAAGAGGAUGAGCUCCUUGGAGAACGACGAUGACGACAUCGUGUUCAUGAAGACGGUUCCCAGAAGGACUUAGAGCGGCAGGGACAUCCGCUAGGACUAUUACAGAGGCGGAAAUUAUCGCGUAUCUUACGCAGUUGCACACCUUGGGUCUUCAGUCACCGAAACCAGUUGUGAAAUGUGUGAAAUCAAUUCGUCUUCAAACAAAUGUCACCAGAGCACACGCAAUAUACCCGUGCAAGAAGUUUGCAAAACGUCGCGUACGGACAGUUCGGUAAAGAGUGCACCUUCUCGAAAAACAUGAUUGCCAACUCGUAACAUUGACAAACUACUGACUCACGUAUGUCCCAGACGCGUGUUAAAAAAAGAAAAAAAAGAAGAAAAGUUCACACAAUGCAGUGGCGUCGAAAGUUAUGAAUGGGAAAAAAAGUACGCGCUGAUGUAGAACUAGAAAUGUUGCUCUCGGUAGAAUAUAAAGAAGCGCAGAAAAAUUAAAUCGCAGUAAUCUAUAAGAUAAAAGUGAUGAAAAGAAAAACGAUAAAAUGCGACGCUCAGGCGGGUAUGACGACGGCGUUUUGGUGCAUGGGCCUUCCCAGGACGAGCGCCUUGAUCAUGUCGGCCGCUGCGAUGAGACACCAGAGGACCGAUACGAAGAAGCAAGCGGCGGAUACCAGGUAGUAGAGGCCGUUGUACGAGUCGUGCUUGUCCUUGAAGUAGCCUGCAAAGCAUCGAAUCGGCCUCAGUGCUCCUGCUGCAUGGCCCGCAUGCACGCCCUCAAGAGGUGUGCCCAAACGGGAGUCAUAUACUAGCAACUUAAGUAACAUCGUGCCUGGGGUCUUGCACGCUCGUGACAUGUGCAUUGUUUGUUAUUCGGUGGCGAAAAAUAGCUCUGCGCUGCCCUAUCACUCAUGCAAAAUAUUUUGCUUGGAGUGUGCCGCGAGUUCAGCUCAGUGCUGAUGAAGUGCCGAGUGUUAUUUGGUUUGCAAUCUAUACAUACCGCACUUAUUCGCGUUUUUUAUUUCUUUGCAUGUAUGUGUGCGUGUGUAUGCGCGCGUAUGUGUAUGCGUGUGUGUGUAUGUGUGCAUGUGUGUGUGUGUGCGUGUGUGUUGCUUACAGAGCUGCCACAUCCGAGCCUGCUAAAAAAAUAAAAAAAUACGCGCCCACUUUCCAAAAAUGUGUUACCCGACUUGUGCUCGUAAAGGCGCGUUUAGCCCGUAUAUGGGUUAUCUUUCAACAAGCUACUUAAUCGUGUCUAGCGCAUAUUACUUUUUUGCCGAUAAAGCUAUGGUGUUUCAAACAAUAAACGUAUCCAACGUUAUA